GCUCAGAGAAACGGAAUGUCAACGAGUAUACAAGUUCCUAGAUUUUGGCGGGGCUUCACUGUAAAAUUCCAUCUACAGUGAUUAGUUGUGGAGCGAAUGUGACUUCCAUUUUCUUUCUUCGUUUCUUGUAUAAGAGAUUCAACAGUAAUUAUUUAAUUUCCAUACCAGGUAGUACUAAAAGAAGCGUUCCAAGAUUUUUUCUAACUAUCAUCUGGGUGAUGCCAAGUUUGUUGUUUAAUAUCUGUUAUUACAGAAUUAUUAAUCCAAAGUGUUAUUUCUGGAAUGGCUCAGUAAGAGGCGUGUUAUCUGAUGUUAUCGUAGUAAACUUGUGUGAUGUCAAGACAGCAUUGUGAAAAUAUUAAAAUUAUUUCUACUGAAGUGUGGUUUGAAUGGCAUGCGUGGGAUGUGUAUAUAGGAGUUAGUUGAGGCUUUACUUGUACUGGCGGGAAUUCGUACAUCACAUAAAAGAUCUCGGAACGUCAGUCCACGAAAAUGUAUUAGAAAUUUGUUUGAAUGUACUUCAGUCGAGUGUUUAUAAAUUAAUUUUGUGCUGUCAUGAAGUGUUUACGCUGCAAGACAGUUUUUCGGAAUGUAAGCAUUUGAACGACCCACCACCAGAUAUUUCUAAAUAUGACUGCAGACUCCGGGGAAGGAGAGAGGAAUGCCUAAUCGCAGAUUUCUCUGGACAAGAGUGCCACAUUUCGUCAUCAAGACAUGAGGAGAUUCUGAGAACUCCUCUUGGCAUCAUUGAUGACGAUCAAAGCAUGGGUGCUUGGAAUUGUUGCGGAAAAGAUAAUUUCAAAAUUACUUUGAACAGUACUGGAAAAUUUUUAAUGAACACUGCUAUAUCUGUUACUGUGGAUUUUAACCGUCAACUUAUGUCUGAACUGGAAGUAAAACAUAAUGAUAAUAAUGUCUCUGAAAUAAGAUCUGUAACUUCGUCAGUAAAGCCAUCCCCAAGCAAUUUUCCAAUGGGUGAAUAUUUAUCCCAAAAUAGUUUCACCCCCCGGAGGGAACAUUCUCAAAGUCAGUGCAUAGAAAAAUUAAGUUCAUGGCAUCAUGUAGAACCUGAUGAUCUGCAUUGGACACCCUCUCCUCAGCCAAGCCCUACAAAAAAAAGGGUACUUUCUCCAAGAAAUGGGAGAACUCCCAACAAAAGAAGAAAAUCAUUCUCCCCCCAGAAGAAUAAGGUAUACAAUUACUUUGUUCAGACAGAUGGUAUCAAAAUUGAAAAUGUCGAGCAGUGCAGAGAAGUGAGCAAUCAUUCGUACUGGAAUUCAAGUGUUGCUGACAAGAACUGUACAACUACAAGCAGAUUUUGCAACAGUAAUAGCAUUGCGGAAAAUUGUUUAGGAACGUAUUCAUCUGUAGAUACAGAUAUACCAAGUGUCAUUGUAAUCUCCUCUGAUGAAGAAGAUUCACCCAUUAGUGUUUCAGUGAAAGAAGUUCAGCAAAAACCAAGUUGGCAAACACAUUGCAAUGUGGUAGAUUUAUGUGAUGAGAAGCCUGUGGUUCAUCUCAAUACUUCUGACAAACUGGAACAAAAAGUAUCUGAUACAAGGAAUGUGUCUGUAAAUUUGUCAGGCAGUCCAAAUAGAAAGAGUAUUGACAGUGAAGUUUACAUCAUUUCAUCUGAUGAAGAUGAAGAUCUGUGGCUUUCAUCGCAAACAGUUAUUGAUCUUACGUGUGAUGAUCUUUGUAGUUCAGAUGAUGCUGGUGGUGUGAUUGUUCCUGAAUCCAAACACUUUCAAAAAAGUUCAAUGAAAAAAGAAUGUGAGGAUGAUGAUGAUGAUGAUGAUGAUGAUGAUGAUUGCAGUAGUGUAAUCAGUUACCAUCCUAAUUUACUUUCUCAAAGAGAAAAAUGCUUCAAAGAUGAUUCAGAUACCUGUUCACUUGAAGGAAAAAUCGAAAUACAAAAUGUAUCUUCUUAUACAAACCAAUUGCCUAAAACGAGAAUUGGUUUAGAAGAAAAUGAAGGAUCUGAAAUGAGAGGGUUAAGUUCACAAGAACCACAUUACAUUUCUCAUCUGGAAACAUCCUCUCAUUUGGAUGACCUUUGCUCAAAAUUUGCAUUUAUGCAUCCAUUAGAAGAUGAUGUGAAUAUUAAUUAUAAUGUAUUAGAAGGGCAGGAUGAAAAUGCAACAGGUUCAAGUUUGCCCAGCCCUCCACCCCCUUUUGAAGUUCAUGAAGACACGCAUGCAAUGCCAGUAGAAGGAAAUGACCGGGUGACAGCAAUUAAAAAAUGUAGUAAAGGUGAGAACUGUGAAAGAGAAGAAUACCUAGAAGAAGAACAAGUAAGUGUUUUCAAAAAUAAAGAAAACAAUUUUUCAGUGACCUGCUCAUCUUCACUUAUGAGGGACAAAAAUAUUAGUAAUUUAGAUGAAAUAGUUUCUCCAUGCAUUGAGAGAAAAGUUUGUGAAAAGGAUACAACAGAGGUAACAACUUCUUCUAAAGAAGUUAACAAGUUAUCCACCAAAGUUAUUAGACCAAGUGCAAUGCGAGUUUGCCAAGCACAAGCUGAAGUACUUCUGUCCAAAUUCUGUCGGCCAUGGAUAGAUUUGGACACAGAUGAAGUCCCUAAAUGCUGUGAAACAGGACCAGCUGAUUGCUAUUCUUUCCAUGGAAAGAAAGAGCUUUGUCCUGAAGAGUCAGAGUUUUAUGAUGAAUUUUUGCUUUGGAGAAUGGACAAUGGAUCUAGUGCCAUUGAUCUUAUACAAAGUAGACUUAAUGGUUUGGUAUUUCCCACAACCUCAGUUUUGCAGAAUCUUCUUUACGGCUGCAUGGAGCUUUGGGUGGAAGGGAUAAGUGAAGCAAUGAUAUGGUUACGGCAUUUGCUAAAGUUGCAUCCUCCGUGUGCUUUUGGAAUGUUAGACUACUAUAGAAAAGUGCUUUUCAAUCCUGUUAAAGAUAUGAAAGCACCUGAUGGAAUAUUCUGGUUGUGUGUGUCAAAAAUUGAAGAAGUUAUCAAUGCAAUUCAAAUACAAAAUGCAGAAAAUAAUGCUGCAGCAAAAACUUCUAGUGAUCAACAUGAAUCUUUUGAUUUGGUGGAGAGAUUUCUUGAAAGUUCCCUUUUGCAAUGUGAAAAAGAAGUGCAUGAUAUUAAACCUUCUAAUAAACUAAACCAACUAUUUGAUACUCUGGACUAUCUCGUACGUAUAAUGGAAGCUGAUCUUAAUGUGGGUUUACUGAAAAACUUUAGUAACCUUAAGCGAUACACAUGCAAAACUGGAAGACCACUCAUUGCUGUUGCAUUGUGGGGAACCCAUGGUACUGUAGGAAAUGUAAAUACAAAAUGCAGACAUUUAAUGAAAAUGUACAUGAAAAUAAUGGAAUCUUAUCAUGAUAUUAAAUAUCAUAGAUAUUUUAGGCGACUUAUUAGUCUGAUGGCUGGUGUUACCUACGCAAGUGAGAGAAAUUCUGAACCACCUAAGUAUCCAAACAUUGAAUCUAAUUGCAGAGAUUUAGCAAAUGCUUUUGCUUCAAUCAUGAUGGCUACAGCUAUAAACGUAACACAAGUUCACCUAAUUCUGGAGUCAUUAAGUCCCGAUUGGUUUCGUGUCUGUGUGUGUUCUAAUUUGAUAGAAAAGCUUUAUGGAAGAAAUAUGGAGUUGUCUUUGCGACCAACUGUUUUUUUGCUGAAGAGCUUGAAUAAAUUGAAUCAAGUUUAUCCUUCUGAUGAAGAGAUUUCCAAAACUUUAUUGGCAGAACCAGAUAGCAACAAAGCUACAACCAAAGAUUCAGAAGAGCUGUCACAAAAUUACGUGAAACAGGCCACAAAAAAGGAUAAGAGAGGUGAAACAAGACUUCACAUUGCGUGUCGCCGUAACAACAUUCAAGAAGUGGAGAGACUUCUAAAUGUACCAGAUAUUAAUAUUAACGAAAAGGACCAUAUGGGAUGGACACCAUUACAUGAAGCAGCAUUUCAUGGGAGUUUGGAAUGUGUCAGAUGCCUGCUAAACUUUAGAACGCCUUCAGGUGGUCCAGCUGUUGAUUUAGAAGCCAGAAGCAAAGGUGGAGUGACCCCUCUUAUGGAUGCUGUUUCUAAAAACCAUUUGGAAGUGGCUUUUGUACUCCUUCAAUACGGAGGUCAAAAAUUACUUUCACAUGAAAACAGUGAAGGUUUCUCUGUGUGGGAUCUUGCUCGCUCAGAGGAGAUGAAACGUGUUCUUUCUAAUGCUCAAGAUCAUGGCCUUGUAUAUGAUCUCACAAUACCAAGAACUUUGUAUGUUAAAUUAGCAGUGCUUACACCACUGGCUAUUAAAUAUUACAUUAAAUUUUCAGAAGUUACGAGGAUAGUUAAUUAUUUGAAAUACAAUACAGAAUUAACGAGAGAAGGAGCCUCAUCGGUUAAGUUUCACCCUUUUGCUUUCAAACAGGAUUAUUUAGAAUUCAAGAAGUUACAAUCUUUCUUAAAGGAAGAGAUGAAUAAUGUCAAUAGAUUACUCAAUACUUUAGAUUCCUUUAUUUAGUUUUUAACCGAUUCUUCAUUUUUAAAGAAGUUACAUAAAAAAUUAUUUAAUUAAUGCAAUUACCUGCAUUGCUGCAUACCUUCUUGUGCAAUUUUUUAAACUUGUAUAAUUAUUGUAAGUAUUAGAUUUGCAAGACCUAGUGUAUUCCUGACAUUAGAGUAGAAUAAAUUAAAAAAAACACUUCAUUUUUUCUUUAAGCCUUUUUGCUUCAAAGUACAAGAUAGGUGAAGUAGUAAGUUUUUUUUAUGUACAUAGGAAUAAAUUUUCACAACUGCUUUUGUAUGUUAUCCCUUCCUUGAAUAUAAUGAAAAUGAAGUAAUUGUUUUGUGAAUGUACAAAAAGUCUUCAUUGAAUCUGUGAUAUUUUUGUAUCAAAAGUUGUCACUAUAUAUGAAAAAAAAAGAAAAGUAUCAUGUAUUGUCAUUGUGACAAAUUAAAUUAUUUUUACUACAUUGUUUCUA